UUAUCGCCUGUUGCUCUCAGCUCAGUGUGCAAGUCAGGACCGGACAGGGUGUGCGAUUGCUGAUAACGGAAAAGACAUUUUCAUUUUCAGGACAUUAAAACGAUUCACUGGAAGUGUGAGCGGCUCACACACUGCGGGGAAACUGCAGUCAUGAUUCACCCUCGGACUCUCAGAGUAGAUUAUGGCCAAACUACAAGCGUUUUAUGCGUGGUGGGAUCGGAACUUAAUGUGAACCUGAACAGGAGUGCCCCUCCCAGCUCCGAGUUCUUCUCUGUGAAGUGCACUGCCGGUGUUCAGUACAGGAUCAACCCCCCACCCCUGGAGACAACCGACCUCUCUCAAAUCCCUCUCGAUGGAAACUCAGUGCUGCUCAUCAGCAUGGGCUCUGCCAGUCAACAUGAAAAUGAUAACAAGCUCUCUGUUCAGUACUAUGGGGAGAAUAAAGAGGUCUUGGGGAAAGCAGUUCUGCACCUGACAGCUGUUGAGAUCUCUCUUGAUGUGGAUGCUGACAGAGACGGUGUUGUGGAGAAAAACAAUGCUAACAAGGGAUCUUGGAAAUGGGGCCCUAAUGGGCACGGAGCCAUCCUAUUGGUCAACUGUGACUCAGAGAGGACCUACUGGAAGAAACCAGACAGUGAGCAGAACCACAUCUCCAAAGUGUCAGAUUUGAAAGACAUGUCUUUAAUGGUGCUGCGGACCAGAGGCCCUGCCAAGCUCCCAGAGGGCUACAAGCUCACCAUGCACAUCUCUCAGGGGCAUGCAGAGAGUGUGAGAGUCUUCAGGUCCAAGGGCGUGACAUCUAAUGCCGUGUCGGAGAGAGUCUAUGACUACUUUGUGAGGGACUAUCCACUGGUGCUGAGCGCUAAGUUCCUGUCCAGGGAAGUGCCUUACCUUGGAGGAGAAGCAGAGAUGAACUUUUAUGUGGAGGGCCUCAGGUUUUCCGACAAGGACUUCGACGGGCUCAUCAGCAUCAACCUCAGUCUGUUAGAGCCCGUCAGUCCCGGUCUCCCUGAGACGCCUAUUUUCACCGACACAGCUGUGUUCAGAGUGGCACCCUGGAUCAUGACACCCAACACCCUGGAGCCUGAGGAGGUAUUUGUCUGCAGCACUAAAGACAACUACCAGUUCCUCAAAGGAAUGAAGAACCUUGUUACAACAUGCGGGUACAAGCUCAGGAUUUGCCACGAGUAUGUGAACCGAGGAGAUCGCUGGAUGCAGGAUGAGCUGGAGUUUGGAUACAUCGACUCACCUCAUCACAUAUUUCCUGUUGUUCUGGAUUCCCCCCGAGAUGGAAAGAUGCAGGAUUUUCCGUAUCAUGAGCUACUGGGCCCGGACUUUGGCUACGUGACAAGGGUGGCUCACAGAAGAGAUGUGAGCAGUCUGGACUCGUUUGGUAAUCUCGAGGUCAGUCCUCCUGUCACUGUAAAUGGAAAAAACUAUCCCCUGGGCAGAAUCAUUAUUGGCGUGGCCUUCCCUACAGCAACUAAAGGACGGAACAUGACCCAAGUAGUUCAAGACUUCCUGUGGGCGCAGAAGGUUCAGGAGCCUGUUGCUCUGUUCUCUGACUGGCUCCUUGUCGGCCACGUAGAUGAAUUCAUGACUUUUGUUCCUGCAGCUGACAGAAAGGGCUUCCGGCUGCUGCUGGCCAGCCCAGACGCAGGCUACAAGCUAUUCAGAGGCCUAAAGAACAAUGGACACGGACAAGCCAAACUGUUUGAGGGUCUGAAAGAUGAAAAACCAAAAACAGUGGAUGAGUUACUGAGUGACACGAGUCUUGAAGCCGAAAAUAACUACGUACAGAGCUGCAUCGACUGGAACAGAGAUGUGUUGAAGAGAGAGUUGGGCUUGGACGAUGAGGACAUCAUCGACUUGCCGAUCCUCUUCAAGUUAGUGGUGGAGAAACAGGAUAGAACACAGUUCAGAGCGGUGGCUUACUACCCUGACAUGGUUAACAUGAUCGUCUUGGGGAAAAACCUCGGCAUCCCGAAGCCCUUUGGUCCCAAGGUGAAUGGUCGCUGUGCCCUGGAGGCUGAGAUGUGCUCCCUGAUGGAGGGCUUGGGCCUCAACUGCACGUUCAUCGACGACUUCGCCUCCUACCACAAGCUGCUGGGAGAGGUGCACUGCGGCUCCAACGUCCGCAGGAAACCAUUUGACUUCAAGUGGUGGAACCUGGAGAUGUGAAUGAAAACUGAGCAGUGGGUGGAGAUGGGUCAGAGGGGUUUUAAAAUGCUAGAUUGUAUUAGAAAACAAUAGAACCUUGACUUAACUUUAGGUUUUAGGGUUGUUGGUUUUUUGUCAAAGCCUUAUACUAUCUCAGAAAUCAUGAAAGCUUCAUUUUCUUUUUACUCACUUUGCAAUAAGUGCCACUUUUUUUCCUAAAAUACUUCCACAGUAACAAUCAACAUUAAUGUAUAGAGUUACCCCACACGCUGAUCUAUUAUGCAUCAUCUUUAUUAAACAUUUUUGUUGGCUUUAUUUACAAAAAGGAUGUAAAGCAAUAUUUACAAAGAUGUCUUUUGAACAAGGGAUUAAGCAGACUGUCGACAAGAACAGAAAUACAAUCAUUUGAAUCGAGCACAAAGAAGAUUCACUCCCAGUUGUGGGUCGGCCACUGGCGUACAGUGCAAGCACAGUUAGAUGAAUGGUACCACAUAGUGAUGUGCAGUAAUAAUACAGAGCCACAAGAGGGCGUACUUCAUCUACUCAAGCAUUUCCAAAGUCCAGAGGAAAAUCAUUUGAAAUCAUAUCUUUUCAUAAAGCGGUUUAAAAGGCUGCAAUGCACAAAUGUGUAAAUCCAAAAAUGUAUCUUUGUGUUUUUUCUAUGCAGUUUUUGUUUCUGUAGAGUCAAAUGCAAAAUGUUACUUUGUUCUGGGUGAGCUAUCAACAGCUUAAUGAAUACAGUAUGUACCGUAUUUGGUCCAGUGUCUUAAACCUUUUGUACUUUCACAAACUGUAAAUGCCGUCUUUAAUUCAACAUAGACAAUAAAUCUCAUGUCCGCUCAAGUCAUAUCACUGAAAUAAA